AUGACCACAGUAGAUGCCCACACGUGGAGACCCCGACUGCAGCUGCAAGUAUGGGACAGCGACGUCGUCGUCUCGGCCACUCAUCACCCGGCGCUGUUUGGGCCAGGCGGAAAACCACUCCAGCCACCUUGGUCGCAUCUUCGGCCGUUCUUCUUCACCUUUCCACUUGACUCCGCUUCAUCUGCGAGCUGCUUUAAGGUGUACGAAGAGUCGCACCCCGACAUCAAGGCGCCAUUCUGCCUUCCCAUCUCAUCCGCUGGCCUAUGCAGUCGGCUGGCGCCCGAUAGUUCUUUCUCUCCUUCGAAUCCCGCCCUGUGGACGGUGAUGGUGCCCUUUCGCAGCUGGGGACUCAACGGCUCGCAGUGGGAGCGCUACAGCGAGCGCGUAGCCCAACGGCUGGAGCAUUACAUGACCCACCUGCGCGCCAUCGGCGCCACAGGCCUGCUGCUAUACGCUGACCACUUCAGCAGCCAGGCACUAUCGCGCUAUCCUGGGGUGCAGCGGAUGCUGCUGGAUGGCACGUUGAUGUUUGUGGAAUGGGAAUUCCACGAAAGGCUGCAGUACAAUUCGGAUCAGGCCCUGAUAUAUAGCCAUGCCUUGCUAGGGCUGUCAUCCUGCGGCUCCAACCUUUGGUUGCAACCUGUGGACGUGGACGAGCUGCUUUAUUCCCCGGACGGCAAGCCUUGGCCCGAGAUGUUUGACUGCUUGACAAAACCUUAUGCCAGCAAUCCUCCCGGCGUCAUCCGGCUGACCCGAAUUAAUAUAAUCGCGUCCACUGUUGGAGCGCAGAAUGAAUCAGCAAUAUGGUACUCGGCUCCGGAUGCAGAUGGGAGGCAUCCGCUCCUGCUUUAUGACAAGGUUUCUAAGCUGCCGUUUGCAGUUAAUAUUGGCAAGUACAUCGCCUGUCCGGCUCGCCGCAUCGUUGCAGUGUGGAUGCACACCGCCCUGCCCCUCCAUGGUACUUUCCGUGAAGGCGAACACACAAAGUCAAGGAAGCACCCGGACAGAGGGCUUGCGCUGGAGCUGCUGCUGAUCAUUUGCCCGCAGAUUCUUAUCUGCACAUCGGCCCUGCCGUUAUGGCCGACGUUAGCGGUCUUGGUGUUGGCUGCCUCAAUCUGUUAUCUGCGGGACUCCAAGCAUCCUCGCCACGCAGCAUGCCAGGACCUGCCGGGCGUGGACGACAUCGCAGGCCGCAGGAAAAGCUUUAUAGGCAUCUUCCGCGGGGCCCUCAUGGCGGCCACCUGCCUCUGCAUCCUGGCUGUCGAUUUUCGCGCCUUUCCCCGCCGUUACGCCAAGACAGAGGUGUACGGGACAGGUUACAUGGACGUCGGCGUCGGCGGUGUCGUACUGACGGCGGGUUUAGUCAGCCCAGCGGGCCUGCCGGCGGACGACGGCGGCGACGAAGCUGGCGGCCGUGCCGGGAAGAGUGAAAAUGGUUCCCAGCCGCGAAGACGGAAGCACCAGCAGCAGCCGCUCGGCCGGCGGCUGCUGAGCGGGCUGAGGGGCGCCGCCGCCUGCUGGGUGCUGGGACUUGCCCGGCUGCUCACCACACGGGCGGUGGAAUACCAGGAGCAUGUGGGUGAGUACGGCGUGCACUGGAACUUCUUCGACACUAUAGCGGUGGUGGCGCUGUUGGGCCGCGCGGUGGCGCUGCCGCCCGAGCUGUUGGCUCCUGCGGCGAUCGUCGUCACGGCGGGGCACCAAGCUGUGCUGAGCCUAGGCGGCUUCGGUCCGUGGGUUCUGUCGGCCGAGCGCGGCACCGACCUGCUGAGCCUGAACAAGGAGGGCAUCGUGUCCUGUUUAGGCUUCUGGGCUCUGUACCUGUGGGGUGCGGCACUGGCGCACGCUUUCCACGUCUCCGUGCAGCCCGCUAUACGGCACUUGCGAAAACGACAUGAAGAGUCGCGGGACGAGAAGCACGGUGGUGCUACCGCAGCUUCAACGCUUGUGCGGUGGUCCUGCAAUGCGGCCUAUAUCAUGUGGAUCGUGGCGCAAUGCCUGGCGGGCAUGUUGCCACUGGCGUUGUGGCAAGCGCUGGCUACUGCAGCCGCCGCCUCCACCGCCUCGUCGGCUAGUGAAGACGGAAGCUGCCGUCCCGGUCCCGCGCCCGUCCCUUGCCCCGGCGAUGAUGAUGGUCUUGGUUCAAAGGGCGGCAACGUUGAACGCGGCAGCGGAGGCGCAGGCAACGUGGCAGCCACUGUGCCGCGAGGAACAGUGAAUUGCCAGUCAGCCGCGUCACGGGCCGCUUCCGCAUGUCAGCUAGGCGCUCGAGGGGAGCUGGGCAAGUGGGGACCCCGCGUGCUGCAGGCCAUCAACUCCAACCAGUUGGCCAUCUUCCUGGCCGCUAACCUGAUGACUGGGGCCGUGAACCUGAGCUGCGACACGUUGCAAGUAGGUGGAUAG